AUGGAUACUUUUGUUUGCUCCCAUUCUGAACAGACCAUUAGUCCUCGUUCAACAACUGCAAGAAUUAAUAAGGAAACAAUGAAGAUCGUAACAAGAUUUGUUCUUGGACACUUCCUUUUUGAUGUUGAGACCUUUUCAGAGGAUGAGAAUCUUGGGACUCAUAGGGCAACACAUAGAUUGCUCUUGGACACCACUUAUCUCAGGCAAUGA